AUGGCCGCGCUGCGCUUCGGGGAGCCCCCGGCCGAGCCGCCCGCCUUCCCCGCGGGCAGGUGGGCGGGGGGCGGCGGGCCCGGCCCGGCCUCGCCCGCCCUCAGGGCGCUUCCCCCGGCGGCGGGCCGGGCCGGGGGGGCGGCGGAGCCGGCGGAGGGGGCGCCGGCCGCCUCGCAGCGUCGGAAGCGGACCAGCUUCACGGCGGCGCAGCUGGAAACGCUGGAGCUGGUCUUCCAGGACACCAUGUACCCCGACAUCUACCUGCGGGAGAAGCUGGCCGACGCCACGCAGAUCCCCGAGUCCCGCAUCCAGGUCUGGUUCCAGAACCGGCGCGCCAAGUCCCGCCGCCAGCGGGGACCUCCCCGCCCCGGCCCCGCCGCCGAGCCGCCGCCGGGCUACCCGCGGCCCCCCCGCUUCGCCGCCCUGCGCGCCCCGGAGCCGCCCCGCUACGCCCUCCCCGGCGUGGCCCAGCUCGUCCAGACCGAGGAGGAGGGGUCGGCGCCCUACGAGUGGCCGCCGGUCGCCGCCUUUCCCCCCGGACCCGGCUUCGAGGGUUUCCCGCCCAGCCAGCCCGGGGGGGCGGCGGCCGCACCCUUGGCGGGGCCGCCCCCGGUUCCCUGCCCGCCGGGUCGCGGUUUCUGCGGGCAGUACUCGCCCGUCUCGGACGCCGAGGACACCAGCGGCUACUCGGAGUCGGGCUCGGAGUGGGAGGAGAACGCCCUCGGCGCCUUGCGGGCCCUCUGAGCGCCGCCCGGGGGGGGUUAAAACUGGAACCCCCCGGCCUUGGGGCCAAAAGUCCUCCCCCGCCAGACCGGGUCCGGGGGGGGACGCGGCUCAGAGGGGGAGAGGCCCCCUACCCCAAACCUCACCCCUGCUCCGCGACUGUUGCACUUUAUCCGGUAGUAACUGAUUUUACCUAUUUAUUUAAGAAAGGUAGGGGAUACUCCAUCAGCUGAGGGCAUUUUUUUUACACUGUAUUUAAAGAUUGCCAUUAACGUUUUG